GCAAAGCGGAUUAUAAUGUGUAAUAAAUUUAUGUUAAUAACAUAAAUGUUUUAUAAUAUACGUAUGUACAAAUAAGAAACACAUUAUAUGUGUUUAUAUACGCAUUCUUGUAUUGAUUAAUUUACAAGGUGUAAUUGUUGUCUUUGACAACAAAAAACUUAAAUCAUGUCCGAGGCAUUAAAUUUGCCAUGUGAUACAAUAAAAAAAUUACAAAAACGAGCAUAUGUCAACUAUGAAGCAAAGAGCCUUAAUGAUGUAUUUAUUAGGCUUCCUCGGAUGUAUACGAAAGCUCACGAAAACUUAGAUAGUAAUGAAAUAGAAAAAGAUGAGACAGCUUUUAUAUUCCUCACAAGAUGGUUAAACACUGUGAAGUGGAUAAAAAAUAAAGAUGAAAAAUUGUACUUUCAAAAAAUAGAUAGUAAUCAGAUAAAAAAGACGGAGCAAUUAAUUAAAACAUUAUCAGAGAAAAUAGUAGCACACUAUAGUCAAAAUUUAACAAAGACAGUUUUUGAUAGAAAGGGUUCCAUAGAUAAAAUGGAUUUAGAUAUUCUUCCUUCUACAAAUGAAAAGUGUAAAGUAUUUUCUGAUGUAACAUUGAAGUUUCCAGAAACACCAACAGAUGAUCCAUUAAAUACAGAAAUAGAAGAAUUUAUACCUUGUAACCAGUUAUAUCAAAUAAUGCGAAAAGAAGAUCCAAGGUUUUUAAUAAUUGAUAUUAGACCACAAACUGAUUAUGAAAUGUCAAAGAUAAAUACAUGUAAAUGUAUAAACAUUCCAGAAAAUGAAAUUAGUGAAGGUAAAACAGCAAGUCGUUACGAAAAAGAUCUUGCAAAAGACCUAAAAUCAAAAGAACUUUUUCGUACUCGUGGAUCACGAUAUGUGGAUAUACUAGUUUUACUGGAUUGGAAAACAAAGAAAGAAUCAUUAUUAUCUUCUAAUCCUCUAAACAUAUUUAAAGAGACAUUAUUGAAGUGGGAUCCAGCUACAAAAUAUAAAAAGAUAGUGAUAUUGGAUGGUGGUUACAAUGAAUGGUUAAUGAGAUAUCCUGCAUAUACAACAAAUCCUAAUGUAACAAUUUCUGAAACAGAUGAAGUGAAUAAUGAUAUUUUGGAAGAUUUUGUGUUGGAUAGUUAUCCUAUCUGGGUAAAUAAUGAUGAUGAAAAUACUAUUAAGAAACAAUCUCCAAGUAAAUCUAAUUUUAUAAAAGAUAAGAGUAUCAUACAAGAUUCUUUGGAUGACAGACAAUUGCUUAACAAUUUUGAAACUAAAAUAAACAGCACUAUAUCUUCAACUUUGUCCAAUAACAAUAUCAAUUUAUCAGUACAUUCACCAGCUGGAAAAACUACUGGCAUUUAUAAAUCUGUAUAUGGAGAAAGUAUAAUUCGAGACAAAAAUAUUCCUUCCAAAUUAUUACAACAUAAUAUAAUAACUAAACCAAUUAUUGAUAGAAGUAACAAACCCACUUCAGUGAAAACAUCUGAUCCUAAUUCAAAAGAAGUGUUACGUUUGAUGAGAGAGUUAAAUGAAUCUUAUAGAGAAAUGGAAAAGCUUGUACAAAAGAUUUAUGAUACAGAAACUUCUUUGUAUAAUCAAAAUAUAAAAAAUAAAGGUUUUAAGGAGGAUUCAACCAUACACACAGAUUUGGAAUCAAUGAAAUCUGAACUUAACAUAUUGCAAAAAACUCAUAAUAAAAAUGAGAAAGAGUUAAAUAAAUAUAAGGAAGUAGGUACAAUACAAUUCUCUAAUGAGGAGCAAGAAGAAAAAAGCAAGCUCGAUUUUAAUUUUCAUAAAGUACGGCAACGUUUGAAAGAUAUUAGUGGACAUAGAAAACGAUUACAUGAAAAAUCUCUAGAAAAAGAUCAUAAAGAUAUAUCCAUAAAACAAAAUGACAAGGAUAUUCAUAUGGAACCUCUUAAAACUGAUAGUUCUAUCAGUAGUGGUUUAGAACGUUCACAUUCUAGUCCAAAUUUAAUGCAAAUGAGGGAUCAUAAGGCACCAGAAGUAGACAGAUCUUCUAAACCACAAAUUUCUUCACAAUACCAACAUACUCGUUUCAAUAAUGAGACUAAUAGAAUUCAACGUUUUAAUUGGGGAAGUAUUGAAGAAAAAUUAACUCCUAUUCAUGGGAAUGUACAUCCAGGUAUAACUGGACUAAAGAAUUUAGGCAAUUCUUGUUACAUGAAUAGUAUCAUACAGUGCCUAAGUAAUACACCAAAGUUAUCAACAUAUUUCAUUGAUAAUUUAUAUGCUGACGAUUUAAAUAGAAAUAAUGAGAAUGUUUCACAAACUCAAGUUGUAACAAAUGUUGCUGAAGUAAUAAAAGCACUUUGGACAGGACAGUAUAAAAGAAUAUCUCCACAUUGUCUAAAGGUGGCCAUUGGACAAUAUAAACUUCAAUUUAGUAGUUAUGAGCAGCAGGAUUCUCAUGAAUUUUUGACAUUCCUUUUAGAUUGGAUGCAUAGUGAACUUAAAAAGAAAGUUAAAAUACAAGCUAAAAUGACUAUUGCUGAAAAAGAAUGGGAUAAGGCUAUGGACUCUCAAGAAUCAAUUAUUUCUGAAUUAUUUUUUGGACAAUUAAGAUCAACCAUUACUUGUAGUUCAUGUCAAAAAGAUAGCACAACAUAUGAGACUUUUAAUAGUUUGACUAUGUCAUUGCCACAUACAAAUAGAUGUACACUGGAUGAUUGUAUACAAAGAUUUGUAACUGGACAAAAAGUACUUGGAUGGAAAUGUCCUAAAUGUCAAACGCCACGUGAAGCAACAAAAAAAUUUGACUUCAUAAAACUUGCACCUAUCAUUGUGAUACAUCUAAAUCGUUUUGCGGAGAGUGGUGGAUGGCUUGAGAAAAGAAAUACUACGGUUGACUUUCCUUUAAAAGAAUUUAAUUUAAAACCAUAUCUUAUCACAGAUCAUGAUGCACCUAUGAACAAUGCACGUUUUUGUACUUAUAAUUUAUAUGCUAUGUCUAAUCAUUAUGGAACAAUGGAAGGUGGUCACUAUACUGCAUAUUGCAAAAACAAUGUUCAAAAUAAAUGGUAUAAAUUCGAUGAUCAAACUGUGACAGAAGUAUCACCAAGUCAAGUCAAAUCUCAGAAUAAUAGUGCCUAUUUACUUUUUUAUACAUCUUUAUCAAAUACAUAUAUUUAGUACAAGGAUACGAAAUUUGUUGUACAAAAAAUUUUGCUUUUUGCUUUUUUUGGUUUCAGAAGAAAUGUCUUUUGGCUAUGUAAAAUUAUAUUUUCUAUUAUAAGUUAUAAAACAAAUUAAAUUUUGUAUAUUUGCAAGAAGAUCAUUGCAAACAAGCUUAUAUCAUUUUGCAGGAAUAUAAAAAGCUUUAGUGGUGCUGGAGUUCUUAUAAAUAUGUAAAUAAAUAGCGAAGAUAUACAUUGUAACUAUUUUAUAUUGUGAUAAGUAUACAUCAAAGAAUUCGAAAUCGUGUCACGAUGGGUCUUUAUACUAUUACAUAUUUAAGAAAAUAUUACUCUUCUUUUGUAGCUUGUACUAUGUUUAAUCAUCAAAAAAAGAUAAUUUAAUUUUGUUAUGCUCGGUUUAAACAAAAAAUAAUAGGAGAAUAUUAUAGUAUCUGUAUAUUUUUAUUACAAAUUAAUAAUUAUUGUGUUAUCAUUUAUUUUAGAUUAUAUUAAAUUUUUAAAUUAACGUGCAAGUAUUAAGACAAAGAAACUAAUCAAUAAUAAUAAAAGUAUUAGGGCCCUGAUGAAGUAUAGCAAAUAUAUAGAAAAAGAUAAAAAUCGUGUUUUUGAAAAUAAAAUAUAUAUAUAUAUAUAUAUAUAUAUAUAUAUAUAUAUAUAUAUAUAUAUAUAUAGUGCUAUAACGCUAAAU